AACUUAUUUACACCUAAAAUGCUCUCUACUACCACCUUUAUCACGAUUGCUAUUGCUGCCUUGAUGGUCAGUGCAACUCAAGCAAGUGAGUUUGAAGAACGCGCUAACAGUUUUGGUGACCCAGUUGUAUCCAACAGUGCUUUCCAAAAUCAUGUCAAUAACCCCAAUAGUUUUUACCCUCGCAACAAACGUGAUGUUACAGUAAUUGGUCUUCCCGGUUCAGGUACAUCUGCUGGAAAGAUGGUUACCAGUGGUAGCUCCGGGGGAUUUUACAACAAGAGAGCAGGAGUUAAAGUUUAUCCCAAAAGAAAGAGAGCCGUAUCCCUUGUAGAUGCAUCUGGAUCUGUCACUAGCGGUGGUUUUGGCACCAUGCGGAUGGAUCAAUCAGCAACUAUCGCUAAGAGAGGAUGCGACAAAGCUAAACCCGAACCCAAGAAAGUUGUAGUCGCUGCCAAGCCUUGUAAUGACAAGCAUGGAAAAAGAACCGUACCCAUUGUUGAUAACCUUCUUCGUGGUAUUCAACCCAAGGUUGCUUCCAACAAGAACUCUCAUGUCAGAAGAUCCGGUGCCAAAGCCCAUCCUGAACCCAAAAAAGCUGAUGGAGCCAAACCUUGUAAGGAUAAUGGUUCUCAUGGAAAGAGAGAUUUGCCUAUUGUUAGUCCUCUUCUUAAUAAUGUUGCUCCCAAAAAAGACGCUCCCAAAGGUAUUCGUGUCAAGAGAGCCGGUGUAAAAGUUCAUCCUUCACGAUUGACCAUGAAAAAACGCGAUCUGGUUUCCAAUUCUCCUAUUCUUAAUGUGAAUACUGUUGUUGUACCAGCUGUUGCCAAUACUCGUAACGACCAUGCCCAAUAUAUCACUCCUUUCAGUGGUCCUUAUAACCCCACAGGAGAUCCAAGAAAGUCAAAAAGAAAUGCUCCGACCGACUGCACGCCAUCUGGCCAAUAUCCCGAUACUCCCGAAACCUACGGAAAAGAUAUCAUUGCCAUUAAGGACUGUGGCGGUAAAGCUUAAAUAACUGACAUGUUAGUCACUUAACAAUAGUAAUUUCUCUAGUUAAGCAAGAAAU